AUGUCGACAGCAAAGAAUUGUUGUGUCGUCGGGAAACCUGCCCCAGACUCGUACGUACCCCUUGGAGAGUGCGAAACUAUCGGAGCCAUCCGAGUCUACUCAUCAAAUCCACCCGUCGUGGUUCCCAGUCGGGGACUGCUUCUGCUCCUACCUGAUGGCUUUGGCCUUGCGCGGCACAACUUUAUACUGGCAGACCGCUUUGCGAGUCAAGGAUGGCGUGUAAUAGUGCCCGACUACUUUGAAGGCGACCCACUUCCCAUCCAAAUGCUGCGUCGGGACCACACUGUGUCCAUUGACGAGCAGCUGUGGCCGGAGUCAGACAAGCAAAAGCUUCGAGACUUAGAUUUCCCAGCGUGGCUGCAACGCCACAAUCAUGCGCGCGUGUCGUCGCUGCUGGAAGACCUUGUUGAAGGACUUCAGAAGCGAUCUGAAGCUGGAGUGAUUGUCGGUGUUGGAUAUUGUUUCGGUGGGAAGCACGUUCUCAGACUGGCAAAAUCGAGUUUGCAAGCCGCCGCGGCUUUCCACCCCAGCUUCGUUGAGGUUGGGGACAUCGCGGACAUCCAGGCACCUCUGUACGUUGGCCUAGCGGAGAAGGACAACAUGGUACCAGCAUCACUGGCUCAAGACCUGCAAGCUUGGACGGCGACGAAAAUGGGACCGAAUGUCCCGUUUACUAUGGAGAUCUAUCCAGGAGUUGGACAUGGGUUCGCAGCUCGGCCCGACACCAAGGACGAGAAUAUUAGGACUCAGUACGAGAAGGCAUUCCAGAGAAGCAUGGAUCAUUUGAACAAGUACAUAGGUGAUCAAGUAUAA